AUGACGAGGAAGAAGGGUACAUCUUCUACUUCAGACUUGAUCACUGAUCGAAAGUCCGGUUUCUUCAUCCAAGUUGACGUCCACUACUGUGCCACUGUUAAGCAGGCUAAGUACCUACGCUUCCACCAAGCUCACGGUGAUAUGUGGCAACUCCUCGGAUCUGUCAUCAGACCCUUUGGACUUACUGUUGACAACGUGGGACUCUGGAUUCGCAUCCCCGAAGUUGAGCUCGUUGACAAGAAAAGAGCUAAGAUCCUACUUACUUCUGUCCCUAACCAGAUCCUUGAUUUCAUCGGAGUCUCUCCCACAGAGUACUGGCGACCCUUUGCAGAUGUUGAAACCAUGUUCCGAUACAUCUCCAAGUGUCACAUGUUCUACGUACCUUCUGACUAUUCUGCGGACAAUGAGCUAGCCUCUACCAAGUCCAACGAUCGCCAGCGCCUGGCCAAGCGUCCUGUCUACGGACAAUGGAUUCAUGAGUUCAAGCCUCUUUGCCGUUCUCAAGGUCUCUUCUCAAAGGCUCUCACAACUCGUGAAGACGUUAGAAACAAAGCGUUUGAAACCUUCAAGAUCGAAACGGAAUUUCACCAACGACUCCGCGAAUUUCUCUUCGAGAAACAGAAGAACGAAAUCAUCAAGGAGAUCCGCAACAUCUUCCCGACUCCCGCUCAGCCUACGAACAAAAAGGCUGUUCAGAUGCGUACUCUUCACAUUAAGGCUAUGAAAGAGAUCAUCAUCGAGCGUGUCAAAGCAUCCCACUACAACAUUGUGGCACCCAAGGGCCUACGACUUCCCAACGGCCUGUUCAACAUGGAUCGUGUCCGGGCUUUUGCCCGCACCAUCGCGAACGACGUCGUUGCGGCGGUUGAGCGACGCAACAACCCCCGGGCAAGGGGAGGGCCUGUCCCCCAAGCCCGGCCAGGCAGGGAUGCCCGGGCUAUCACGCCCGAGAUCCCUCUCCCGCGGGGCGGCCCUGUCAUCAGGGGUCGGCCUCCUGGAGGGGCCUAG